UGCAAAUGCAGAUGCUCGUGUGUCAAGUGUCAAGUAAAAUUCGUUUUUUUGUUCGGAUUUCUGAUAUAUUUUAUAUUUAAUUAUUAUAAUAUAUUAAUUUAAUAUUUGUAUAUUUAUUAAUUUAGAUAGAGAACGUCAAACAACCUAAAUUCUUUUGUUAUGCUUCUGUUUGCUUAGGUAAAUAGAAAAUAUGACCUUAUUAUUUAAAGUAAUACAAGUCUAUAGACAAUCCCCACUCCUAAUAAUGAACCAUCACAAACCAUCUUGCAUUGCAUAGCAUAAGAAACACCACACCCAAGAUCUAUUAACUUCUAUAGAAAAGGAUAUAUUAUUUUUAACUGUGCUUUUAGUGACGUUUGUUAUAGAAGUUUCUCCAAAACAAGUUUCUGAUGAUUUGCAAUGUCUUCAGUUCUGGAUGAAAGGGAAGCUUAUUUGAAUAGUCCUUAUUUCAAGAAACACGAAUACGGAGAUUUCACACCCUUUUAUAUAGCAGUGACCAUUUGUACAAUAUUAGGUGUAUUUAUAUUCCUGAUCAACAUAGUCCUUGGUUGCUGCUCCACACAUUCUCGGUAUUGGAACGACAGACAUACAGGAAACCGUUGGAUUGCUUCACUUUGGACUGCCACACCCCACAAGCAACCUGCUUUGGACUAUACUGAAUUACAGGACAUCUCUACACAAACUCCACAGGUUGUCUACCACCAUCCUCCACAUCAACCUUCAGCACCUCCUCAACAGUAUCUGGAGCUUCAAAAGAGGGAGAGUGAUAUUUGAAUAACAUUUCAAUAAUGUUUCACGUUUAUUGGCCAGCAACUGCUUGUCUCACCCUAUUCCUCAUUAUAGGAGUGAUUAUUGGAAUGCUGAAAUGGGGGCCUAGAUUAUGCCACACAAGGCAUAUUGCUUUACCUGACAGAAUGAACUGGCAACACAGAACAUAUGAACAAACUAUUACUAAUGCUUAAUACUUAUUUCACUGCACACAAUAAUUCAGAUAAUGGAUUGAAAUUCUCAAAAUCAAUUGGUUACCUACAAAUUCAAAUGAAAGUUUUUGAUUUUACAGAAUUUAUCUCAACUUGAGUAACCUAUAUUCUAUUUCAGAUAUACCAGGUUAUUCUAAUUAUUCCACAGGAAAUAUUGUGGUUGAA